CACUGGCUGCUUGAUGGCUGCGUUGACACCGUGACAAAGCCUUGCAGUCCUAUAUCUCAAUCGUACGUCUCUUCGCUCCUCAAAAUCUUCUUUCGCAAUUCUCGUUGCAAUCUGCCCGGCAACGUGGUCGUUUGUAACAUCCUCUGCGCGCCCAGAGGAGGACCAAUGAUUCGUUUUCUUCUAGUCUGAUCCUGCUAGGUCAUUUUCAUAUGCGUGUGAUACAUCCACUAGCGAUCGCGUUCAGGACGGUCGACUGCUGAAGGCAGUCCACUCGGCGCGACCGCCGCAUUCUCUCUGAAGGUGGUGAGAAGAGACUGUCGCUGGGUCCCACGUUCCGAGUCAGCGCAUGAAGCCACGCGUUCCGAGACUCUGCUUUCUAUACCAAAGCGCACGAUCUGGAGCACCCACAACUCGACGACCUCAACAGCAUGUCGUCAUCGUCUCAAGCGCCGGAAUCAUGGAUUGCGGCAUUCUGCUCCCUUGUCGGUCACGAGUACUUCGCCGAGGUAUCGGAAGAGUUCAUUGAAGAUGACUUCAACCUCACCGGUCUGCAAAGUCAGGUGCCCAUGUACAAGGAGGCGUUGGAGAUGAUACUUGACGUCGAGCCAGAGGACGCUACGGAAGAAGAGGAGGAGGAAGAGGAUGAGGACGAGGAUGAGGACGAUAUUGCUGGCGUACGAGGGGCCUACCGCAGGGCUGGCGAUGUUGCUGCAGCGGCGGUCGAACGAAGGCAUCUUCGCAUUCCCAGCGAUCUCAGCAUGAUAGAAAGCUCUGCCGAAAUGCUCUACGGACUCAUACAUCAACGAUUCAUCACCAGCAGACCUGGAAUUCAGCAGAUGGCGGAAAAGUAUGAGCUAGGUCACUUCGGCCAGUGCCCACGAGUGUUCUGCCAUGGCGCGAAAGUGCUACCUGUCGGUUGUUCAGACAUUCCCGGCCAAGAAACAGUCAAGCUGUACUGCCCUUCCUGUCUCGAUGUGUACAGCCCGCCAAACAGUCGAUUUCAAACUGUUGAUGGCGCCUUCUUUGGCACCACGUUCGGCUGUCUUUUCUUCAUGACCUUUCCAGACCUCGACGUGGGCGGUCAAAACCGACCGCCACCGAUUCCAGAGAUGCCAGUAUCUCCAGCAGCGACUUCCAGUUCCGCAAAUCCUUUGGACAGAACAGCGAGAUCAUCACUAUCUUCUUCCUUGGCUUCGCAACAACCUAAUAUGGCAUCAUCGAAUUUAGAUCCUGCGUUUCCCAACAACGUCUCGAUUCCUAGACAACCUGAACAAAUCAACGGUAUCUCGCCCCGGAACCUCGCGCCCGGUAUCGGGCCUGGAAACAUCUACGAACCACGAAUCUACGGCUUUCGCGUGUCUGAAAUCGCUCAAACGGGCCCUCGCAUGAGAUGGCUACGGAUGCGACCCACAGAUGUCAAUGAAUUAGACGAAUGUCGGAUAUGGACAGCCGACCAAGCUGUUCUGCAUGAAGGGGGUCUAACCGACGGUCCGGACAUCGCCGCCCUACGUGACCAAGACAUGGCGGACGACAAUGAGGAAAUCGAGACAGGUGAGUUUCCAGAAGAUGCCGAGAUGGAAACGCCGAUCUCUGCAACUCCACCAGGCGCCGAAUCGACGAUCUCGCCGUCAUUUGAACGCCUCCAGACGAACGAGGAACGGUCAAAGAAACACCAGCCUCAAGCUACGAACAGGACGGGUGACGCGAGGACUAAAGGCAUGCGCGGUGCAACACCAGAGAUAUCGCAUGGCGACGCGAGAGGUGGGCCGGUGCGGGUCGGAGAUGGAGGUUGAUGUCCGUAAUUGAAACCAAUAAGACGGCCAGAUAACUGUUUGUUGCAUCUGAAGACGAAAAGCUAUGAGAACUACAUCAUGAAUGAUUCGUAUAGGGCGAAACUAUGAUGCUGGGUGCGCGAGAAUAAUUUCUCCAUGUGGUCGGGGUGACAAAUGAGACGCGGCGUUUCUGGAGGGGGACAUGUUUUAAAGUGGGUUGGCAGUCUCACGCAGUCCCGUCUGGCCCGCAUCCCUCUGCAGAGUACUCCUGGGAAUUUCGUGACCGUUGGGAUUGAAUUCAGGCUGAGUUGACAAGGCGGAUUUCUGGCGCUGGGAUAGGAAGGAUUUAGAUGACCGGCACGCGAACACAAUACAAUGAAUUUUUACGUAUCAACGUGGAAUUUCCCGGAGCCAGGCAUGUGUCCAUGUCCUGAUGGUGAUCCCGAGGACUCGAUACGUUGGUUUGAAUUCG